UGAAGCGGCGUCGUAUUGAUAUCUGUCGCACAUCAUAGAAGAAAGUCCUCCCGCCACUAAUGUUUUUUUCUGCUCCUUCCUAGUUCCUACUCCACAAAUCCACACUAUAGCAUAGCAGUAGCACAACAGAGUCUCUUGAAUUUCACUUCUUUGAAACCCUAAUCAGAAUGGCCUUGUUCUCUCCUCUCGCUGUCAACGCUCGCUCCUCCCUCUUCUUCUCUUCCUCACCAUCUCAACGGCUCUAUUCCCACCCUUCUUCUCAACCUCUUCUCACCUUCACCACUCAAGCCUCAAGUUUUUCCUCCCUGUAUUCCCCUAAACCUGAUCCACGAUGGGCCACCCGCUUCGUCACGAGAGCUGCGGUUUCUGAGUUUGAUCCAAGUAUUGCGGAGAUUCUCGGCGAUGUUACUAUUUUCACUGCCGCCGGCGACCCCGUCAAAUUCGAGGAUCUCUGGGAUCAGAAUGAGGGAGUAGCUGUUGUUGCACUAUUGAGACACUAUGGUUGUAUUUGCUGUUGGGAGCUUGCUUCAGCACUGAAAGAAUCAAAAGCAAAAUUUGAUGCAGCUGGUGUGAAACUUAUUGCAGUUGGUGUUGGUACUCCCGACAAAGCUCGUAUUCUCGCAGAACGGUUACCAUUUCCAAUGGACUGCCUUUAUGCUGAUCCUGAUCGCAAGGCAUACGAUGUUAUGGGCUUAUACUUUGGACUGGGACGAACAUUCUUCAAUCGAGCCAGUAUUAAGGUGUUUUCUAGAAUUGAAGAACUGAAGAAAGCUGGGAAGAAUUAUACCAUUCAAGCCACCCCUGAUGAUAGAAGUAGUGUAUUACAACAGGGUGGAAUGUUUAUCUUCAAAGGUAAGCAAUUAUUGUAUGCAAGGAAAGAUGAAGGAACAGGUGAUCAUGCUCCAUUAGAUGAUAUCUUCAACGUUUGUUGCAAAGUUCCAGUCUCCUAAACUCUGCAUACUGCAAGUACGCUAAAAUAUUAUAAUCCCAUUUCACUUUUCAUAUGCAAUUCUAUCAUAUAAUUACUCCAUCAAUAAUUAGAUGUACAUGUUACUUAUACAUGUAUAUAUAUGUUUAUAUUAAUGUAUACACACAAAUGAGAACUUGGUGCAUAGCACACCAGUGGACUGUUUACCUUUA